AUGGGAACACCUGCCAGGAGGAGGCCACAUGUGCUGCUGCUGGCCGCUGUAACCCUGAUCUCUUCUCCAGCCUGGAGUUCAGUACGAGGAUCCCCCACCACCUUUGGGCCUGUCUUUGAAGAUCAACCCCUCAGUCUAUUGUUCCCAGAGGAGUCCACAGAGGAGCAGGUGCUGCUGGCAUGCCGUGCCCGGGCCAGCCCUCCAGCAACGUACCGGUGGAAGAUGAAUGGUACUGAGAUGAAGCUGGAGCCAGGUUCCCGUCACCAGCUGGUGGGGGGCAACCUGGUCAUCAUGAACCCCACCAAGGCACAGGAUGCCGGUGUCUACCAGUGCCUGGCCUCCAACCCAGUGGGCACUGUCGUCAGCAGAGAGGCCAUCCUCCGCUUUGGCUUUCUACAGGAAUUCUCCAAGGAGGAGCGAGAUCCAGUGAAAACCCAUGAAGGCUGGGGGGUGAUGCUGCCCUGUAACCCACCUGCCCACUAUCCAGGCUUGUCCUACCGCUGGCUCCUCAACGAGUUCCCUAACUUCAUCCCAACGGAUGGGCGUCACUUCGUGUCCCAGACCACAGGGAACCUGUACAUUGCCCGGACCAAUGCCUCGGACUUAGGCAACUACUCCUGCUUGGCCACCAGCCACAUGGACUUCUCCACCAAGAGUGUCUUCAGCAAGUUUGCUCAGCUCAACUUGGCUGCUGAAGAUACCCGGCUCUUUGCACCCAGCAUCAAGGCCCGGUUCCCAGCAGAGACCUAUGCGCUGGUGGGGCAGCAGGUCACACUGGAAUGCUUUGCCUUUGGGAACCCUGUCCCCCGGAUCAAGUGGCGCAAAGUGGAUGGCUCCUUGUCCCCUCAGUGGGCCACCGCGGAGCCCACCCUGCAGAUCCCCAACAUCAGCUUUGAGGAUGAGGGCACCUACGAAUGUGAGGCGGAGAACUCCAAGGGCCGCGACACCGUCCAGGGCCGCGUCAUCGUGCAGGCUCAGCCCGAAUGGCUCAAGGUGAUUUCUGACACUGACGCUGACAUCGGUUCCAACCUCCACUGGGGCUGCGCAGCUGCUGGCAAGCCCCGGCCCACUGUGCGUUGGCUGCGGAACGGGGAGCCUCUGGCCUCCCAGAACCGGGUGGAAGUGUUGGCCGGAGACCUGCGGUUCUCCAAGCUGAGCCUGGAGGACUCGGGCAUGUACCAGUGCGUGGCAGAGAAUAAGCAUGGCACCAUCUAUGCCAGUGCCGAGCUGGCCGUGCAAGCACUUGCCCCUGACUUCAGGCUGAGUCCUGUGAGGCGGCUGAUCCCUGCAGCCCGUGGUGGAGAGGUCAUUAUCCCCUGUCAUCCCCGGGCUGCUCCGAAGGCUGUGGUGCUCUGGAGCAAAGGCACUGAGAUUUUGGUCAACAGCAGCAGAGUGACUGUAACUCCAGAUGGCACGUUGAUCAUAAGAAACAUCAGUCGGUCAGAUGAAGGCAAAUACACCUGCUUUGCAGAGAACUUCAUGGGCAAAGCCAACAGCACUGGGAUCCUGUCUGUGCGCGAUGCAACCAAGAUCACCCUAGCCCCCUCGAGUGCUGACAUUAACUUGGGUGACAACCUGACCCUACAGUGCCAUGCCUCCCAUGACCCCACCAUGGACCUCACCUUCACCUGGACCCUGGAUGACUUCCCCAUCGACUUUGAUAAGCCUGGGGGGCACUACCAGAGGGCUAAUGUGAAGGAGACUGUAGGGGAUCUGAGCAUCCUGAACGCCCAGCUGCGCCAUGGUGGGAAGUACACGUGCAUGGCCCAGACGGUGGUGGACAGUGCGUCCAAGGAAGCCACGGUCCUUGUCCGAGGUCCGCCAGGUCCCCCAGGAGGUGUGGUGGUGAGAGACAUCAGUGACACCACUAUCCAACUUAGCUGGAGCCGUGGCUUUGACAACCAUAGCCCCAUUGCCAAGUACACCCUGCAAGCUCGCACUCCACCUGCAGGGAAGUGGAAGCAGGUUCGGACCAAUCCUGCGAACAUUGAGGGCAACGCUGAGACUGCCCAGGUGCUGGGCCUUACGCCCUGGAUGGACUAUGAGUUCCGGGUCUUAGCCAGCAACAUCCUGGGCACUGGCGAGCCCAGUGGGCCCUCCAGCAAGAUCCGGACCAAGGAGGCAGCCCCCUCAGUAGCACCCUCAGGACUCAGCGGAGGAGGUGGAGCCCCUGGAGAACUCAUCGUCAACUGGACGCCCAUGGCACGGGAGUACCAGAACGGAGACGGCUUCGGCUACCUGCUGUCCUUCCGCAGGCAGGGCAGCACUCACUGGCAGACCGCCCGGGUGCCUGGCGCUGAUGCCCAGUACUUCGUCUAUAGCAACGAGAGCAUCCGGCCUUACACACCCUUCGAGGUCAAGAUCCGCAGCUACAACCGCCGCGGGGAUGGGCCCGAGAGCCUCACUGCACUUGUGUACUCGGCUGAAGAAGAGCCCAGGGUGGCCCCCACCAAGGUCUGGGCCAAGGGGGUCUCAUCCUCAGAAAUGAACGUGACGUGGGAGCCCGUGCAGCAGGACAUGAAUGGCAUCCUCUUAGGGUAUGAGAUUCGCUACUGGAAAGCUGGGGACAAAGAAGCAGCAGCCGACCGAGUGAGGACAGCAGGGCUGGACAUUAGUGCCCGGGUCACUGGCCUGCACCCCAAUACCAAGUACCAUGUGACCGUGAGGGCCUACAAUCGGGCUGGCACUGGGCCUGCCAGCCCUUCCGCCAAUGCCACAACCAUGAAGCCCCGUGAGUCUAUGCUAUACCAGAAUGACUUGCACCCGACUCCCACACUUCACCUCACCAGCAAGAACUGGAUAGACAUACCGGUCCCUGAAGACAUUGGCCAUGCCCUGGUACAGAUUCGGACCACAGGACCUGGAGGGGACGGGAUCCCGGCAGAAGUCCACAUCGUGAGAAAUGGAGGCACAAGCAUGAUGGUGGAGAACUCAGCAGUCUACCCAGUGCUGCAUCCUGGCACCAUUCUGACCCACUCCGCGGUGAUGCUGGUCCUCAUAGGCUCCCUGGAGCUCUGA